CAAUUGUCUCAACGAGUCAGUGAACAGUAUCAAGUUCUCAGAGCCACCAAAAAAAUCAACAUGAAAUUCUUCGCUGUUGCCCUCCUGCUGAUUGGCUUGGCGGCUGUAACCCUCUCGAAGCCAACAGAAGCCGAGUCCCUGGAGCCAGCAAAGGCAGAAUCAAGCCCUCAGGAGACACCGGUAGUACCUCGUGACAAGCGUGGCCUCUUGUUCGGUGCUGCAUACACAGCCCCUGUGGCAUACACCGCUGCAUACACAGCACCAGUCGCCUACACCUCGGCCUACAGCUACCCCUACGCCUACUCUGCUUACCCCUAUUACGCGUCUGCCUAUAGCGCCCCCUACUACUUGGCCUAGAUUCCAACAAUUCGUUCUUUUUCUCACUCGCUUCGUACUAUUUCAACAAUGGGGUAUUGACUGACUUCUUCGUCCAAUAUAUUCGCCCCCUCUUGUACAUCUCUCCGGUUCUCAACAUUUUCUCUGUCACACACCAACAUCCCAACUGUACGGAACUGCACGUCAGUAUGAACGAGUGAGGAAGCCCGACUCAAUUGACUUAUCGAUUUAUCUACACGCGCGCAUUGUCAUGGAUUUAUUCGCAAUUUGUUGUUUUUUUUCUUCUUUUGUGAACACUUCUUUUUUUGGUUCAUUCGAAGAGUAAAUAAAGACAGUGUCGAUGGCA